AUGGCCACCGGCUCCCUGCGCACCCUUAUCGCGCACAGUCCUGACACCAUCAACAGUGUGGUGGUCAGCGGCUUGGCCCUCAGCGAGCCGCGGGUGCAUUACUUGGCUGCCAACCAGGUCGCAGCUCACUUCAGCCUCGGCCUGCGGCCGUGCAAUUUCCGCCUGGACCUGCCACAGCAGCCGCAGGGCGCAGUUUUUGUUGAUUCUUGGGGCCUGCUGGCGCUGCAACUUCAGCAGCACGUCCACAAGGGCGACCGGGUCCAAGUGCGGGGCGUGCUGCGGGAAGACACCUGGACGGACAAUGCUACCGGGAAGCCACGGAGGGCAGUCAAGAUCAUUGCUGAAGAGCUGGCCCUGGUGGCGCCGCCAACUGACCAGCACGUGGAGGGCCUGCCUCCCCAGCACCAGGAGCAGGAACAGGAGGAGGCUGACGGCGAAGAACCCCACUUCCCGCCGGCGCAGGCGCAGGCGCUGCAGCGUCCUCGCAUGAGCCUCAGCGCUGAGCAGAGCCUGCACAUGUACCAGCAGAUGGGACUGGGGCUGGAGGCGAUCGCCGCAGCCCGUGGCAUUAAAAUGAGCACCGUCAUCGAGCAUCUGCUGGCGGCCGCAGAAGUGGGCGCCUUCCCCACCGCUUGCUGGCAGCGGCUGGCCAGCGACGUUUGCCUAGGUGCAUCCGACGCCUGGCUGUCGCCAGCAGAGGUGGCGGAGGCGGUGAUGGCGGUAGAGCAGGAGAACCCUGGGGUGGAGCUCAGGGCCAUCCCGCUCAGAGCCAUCCGGCAGCGGCUGGCUGAGGGCGAGGGAACGUCGGCCAAGGUGGCGGAACUGCAGUCGAGCCGCGGUGGAGACCCCUCGCUUGUUUAUGGGGCCAUCCUGCUGCAUGCCUAG